AUGCCACUGAUGGCAAAUCAAGCCCCUGUGGGGAGUGAUCGCCAACCUUCAGAAGUGCGAUUCAAGGAACUCAGUACCCUGGAAGAGGAACAUGAUGCUGGUUACGAGGCUUUUGAGGAUUUCGUCGACGAGUUUCUGAGAAGUGAUAUGGAAGCCUCUAUAUUAGGUCUGUCUAUGGCAAAACAAACAAAACCCCCAGCGCUUCCACAAAGGAGCGACAGACGUCUCUCUAAAGCUCUCGAGAUUGCUAUGGUUGAACUGAAAAGCUUGGAUGGGUCUACAACGCAAAAGGAGGUGCAGCAGGAAACAGAAGGUUCGGACCCGCACGAACGGUAUCUGUCGAGCGAGGAAGACGCUUCACUCUCAGACGACUCGGAGUCACUCCUCGAAUUUGAAUCCUCUACUAGCAGUGAGGCGAAUUCUCCCCGUGCUCCACCAUCCCGAGCUUCUAGUAAGAUAUCCCAGGAGGAUAUGGCGACAGUGGUAUCAUUCACAGCUGUAGGAAAACCACGGCUAAUCGAAAUAUCCCCCAACUUCUCUGUCUCCAAAACGCAAGAGCCAGUUUCCUUCGCUACCGCCUCCAUCGCCCCUAUUCCCAAACGACGUCGGCCGGUGCCCAUCAUGUACCCCUCUCCACUCCGCUAUCGAUCGGUGUCCUCUACAGGGUCCACACAAGCACAGGCUUCGAACGCUGUUACCCAACCCCAACCUUACGAAACCAAUGCCUCGCCACCAUCACUACCUCCGCGAAAAUCGUCGAGGGCUGCUUCCAACGUCCCAUCCAAUGUUGCACCCACAAAGCACGAGUUGAUGACCUCCAACCCCUUUCCUGUUAUUGAAACACAAGAGUUAUCCCUCUCAAACCUUGAGAGUAGCUCUGAGAGUACGCCUGUAACACCAAAGACGCCAAUUAGUAUGGCAGCUGCGGUCUGGAAGACGGGUCUGAAUCGAACUUUGAGCAAGGCCCGAAAACAUUCGAUGCCGAGAAUGUCAUCAGCAUACACGGCGGGCAUUGUCGCACCACGAACUGUGUCGAAACCGGGCUUGGCGGAUAUGAUUGAAGAAGAAGAAGAACCAGUCGAGUUGGAUCCAUGGAAACAACGCCAGAGGUCGGCAACGACACCACAGACGCCACAUGAAGGGCCUGUGCGAUAUGCAGAUAUCAUGGGGAAUGCCAGAAAACCAGCUCCUUAUAUCCCUGGACAGGCGAGAAAUUUGGGCUUAGGGAUGAGAGGGCUAACGAGGAGAAAGAGUGUUCGGGGGAGGUCAGAUAGGUACCUUGGAUAGGUUUUAUAGACUGGCUAGAAGGGAGUUCUGGAUGGGUUCCUCAUUCUGUUUGAGUAUCGUGGCAUGGGAUCGGAGGGGGGUAUGGCGUUGGGACUAAGAUACCAUUUUGUCGUUUAUAUCGUGUCGUGCAUCUCCCAUGCUGAGAUGAAAACCUGGGACUACAUGCAUAAUCAUGCCGCAUAAGUAUAGGAGAAUAGAAGAAGAA